AUUUUUGUGAUGGCUGCAGACAUAGAUUUUCAUUUGUAAACAAAAGGAUUUUUCAAGUGUUGCGUAGACGUUUAUGACUAAAUACCCACCUUUUCAAUAUGAAUAUGCAGCCAGAAGAUGCUAGAUACUUAAAAAGGAAGGUGAAAGGAGGGAGUAUUGAUGUGCACCCUACAGAGAAGGCCCUGGUGGUCAACUAUGAGCUGGAGGCCACAAUCCUGGGGGAGUUGGGGGACCCCAUGCUGGGAGAGAGAAAGGAAUGCCAGAAAAUCAUUCGAGUGAAGAGCCUUAAUCCCAACAGUGACCUUGGUGCACUGGCCAAGGAGAUCAUAGACAAGUGCAAGCUGAUCCAUCCCAGUAAGCUGCCGGAGGUAGAACAACUGCUGUAUUAUCUGCAGAAUAGAAAGGAGACCGGGCCAAGUAAAGCUUCAGGCAAGACAGAGCUCCACGAGACCCCAGAAGUGCCAACGUAUGACGCCACGGAGAUUAACGAGACUGCCAACAUCAAUGACCUUGAUGAGUACCUGGAACUACUAUACGAGGAUGUGGCAGAGAAGAUAAGGGGCUCUGCACUGCUGCUACAGCUGUCACGUAACCCUGACAACCUUGAGGAACUCUUCUCUAAUGAGACAGUGGUGAGUGCUCUGGCCCGAGUCUUACGUGAUGACUGGAAGAAGAGCUCUGAGCUCGCCACCAACAUCAUCUACAUCUUCUUCUGCUUCUCCAGCUUCACACAGUUCCAUGGUUAG